AUGGACAUGGAAAUGAACGCUGAAAUGGAGAGAGAAGAUGGAAGCGAAAGUGGUGAGCCAUCGGCAGCAGGAAGUUCUGCAGGAAGCAUUUAUUGUACUCUAGAACGUGACUACGCUCGACUACUCAACGAAAUGAAGAACAAUGAAACCUUGGCAGCCUAUGAAACAGAGUACACAAGACUUUUUGAAACUCUUUAUAAAUGCCGGCGUGACGAAGAGCAACUGAUGGAUAAUUUCAGACAAGUCCAGGAAGAUUUAGUCAAUAAAACAAAUAGAAUAAACGAACUCGAGAAAGCAGUUGAGCUGAAUGAAUGUACGAUAACAAAUUUAAAUGAGAAAAUAGUUCAACUUUCAAAACUCGCAGAUACGGCACAUACUCGGGAACAAAAUGCGCAAGAGACUAUUGAAAAUUUACGAAUUGCAAUCAAUAAAUUAAAUCGUGAAAUUGAACAGAGAAAUAAAAAACUUGAUAUCGAUGAUGACGGAGAAGUUGCUAAACAAAAUGAAAACUCGGUUAUUGAAAAAGAACGAAUGACAAAUGAAAUUGAAACACUGAAACAAAGUAUAAAAAGCAAGUCUAUGUACACUGAGGAGCUUGAGAAAAAGAUGAGUGACGUUGAGAAUCAAAUAAGCAAGAUGCAGGAAAACAUGGAGAUCCAGAUGAUUGAAAUAUCGAAAGAACGGCUGGUGCGCGAGAGGCUUGAGAGAGAAAUAAUGGAAUUGGAGGAAGAGCUCAAGAUAAAAAGGAACCAAUUGCAGGCGGCGAAUAUCUCAGUUAAAAAUUCAGCCAGCAAUAGCAGCCGCGUUGAAAAUCUGCUGAGGGAGCAGAGAGCGGCAAACGAAAAAUUGCGGAAGGAAGUGAGCAAGUUGAUGACCGGGAGGCUAAACCUGCAAACGGAAUUGAAUAAUUCGAAUAAACGGGUUAAAGAAAUUGAAAAAAUAUUGGGUGAAAAGACUAACGAAUACAAAGUCGCGACGCAGGAAAUUAAAAGGUUGGAAGAAGAAGUGUCCAAGUGUAAAGCUGAGAAUGAUUGGAGCCUCAGUAAAUACGGCAAGAUCGAUAGAGAACGCGCUAAGAUGGAAAAGGAUCUUGAGCACGUAAAAGUUGCUUUGAAAAACUCCGAGAUUCAUUUGAGCUCAUACCAGCGGCAAAUAGCAGAAGAAAAAAAGUCUGUUGACUUGGCGGUACGGGAAAAGAACGUUGUGAUUAAAAAUCUUGAAAAUCUAAAAGACACACUUGAAAAAACACACACUGAGAUUAGUGUAUUGGAAGGGAGUAAACGCAAAGUCGAGGGUGAGCUUGAGGAGGCACUACACACUAAUUGUUCUCUGAAUAAAAAAAUUGAUUCUCUUGAAAAAGAUAGGGACAAGUAUUGUCAACAAGUUACUCAGCUACAGCAGCAGAUUGAAGAAUUGAUGAGUAAAUUAAAGGAAAAAGACACAGAGGUAUUAAAUUAUUCAAAAGAACUUGUGGAGCUGAAGAAUAAAUUUCGUCAUCAACAAAAUUUAUUUGAAAGCACCAGAGCUGAAAAGAAUAUGUGUAAUAAAAAUUUGAGUGUAAAAAAAGAUGAAAUUGAAGAAUUGCGAGAUAAAUUGAAACUCAUGGUUCACCAAAUAGAGCAAUUGAAGGAGGAGCUGACAAUUAAGGAAAGUAGUAUAUCCAAGGGAGAGUUUUGUCUGAGAAAAGCUGAAAAAGAAAAAGAAUCUGUUCGAGUUGAAUUGCAAUCGACGAAAAAAAGUAUCAUGGAUUUACGUAAAACACUGGAGGAAAAUAAAAUAAAGGAAAAACAAUUACGAGAGGGCGUUAAAGUUGCUGACGCGGACAUUAGUCGUUUGAAAAAAGAUAUCGACAAUGUUAUGAACGAACGUGAUGUUCUAGGCACCCAGCUCGUUCGCAGAAAUGACGAAUUAAAUUUACAAUACAGCAAAAUAAAACUUUUGCAGCAGACACUACGUAAAGGCGAGGCUGAGUAUUCUCAAAGGCUCGAGGAUAUUAGAUUACUUAAAUUAGAAAUAAGUAAAUUGCGAUCCGAAAAAGUGUUAUUGGUUAAAAGCUUCAACAACACCAGUGAUUUGCGUCAUGAAAUUUUACACUUGAAUCGCGAUAUGACACGAGAGAGACUCAAAGUCGUGGCUCUUGAAGAGGAGCUACAGAACCCGUUGAAUAUUCAUCGCUGGAGAAAACUUGAAGGCUCGGAUCCAAAUACGAUGGAGUUAUUGAAAAAAAUCCAAAUCCUACAAAAACGUUUACUUAAAAUGAAUCAAAUCGUGAUAUCAAAAACCAAUAAAAUAAAGGAAAUUGAAAAAUUGUACAUGGAGUUAAGACAAAUUCUUGCGAAGCAGCCAGCUCCGCAAUCAAUAUCUAAUCUCGUUAAGGCUAGAGAGGCUCUGCGAGAAAGAGCCAAACAGAUGAAGUGCUUAGCUGCUGAGUUGAACAUGUGGGAGUGCCGAGCGAACGAAUACAAAUACGAAGUUGAGAGGCUGAAUAAAGAAUUACGCGAGUUAAAGGCCAAGUAUUUGGGAUUGAAGCGUAAAAAGUCAUCGAAACCCAGCAGCGGGACUGCGAUGACCGACUCACCCCGUUCGUCAAUUUCACCUCAUCAGAAAAAAUAUUGCGGAGGCGGAUUUACUAUGCUCGUCGCCCCGUCACAGAAUUAUUAUAGUUUAGAAUCAAUUAUCGCUAAAUAAAUUAUUUCACGCGAAGUUUAAUUCAAUUAAUUAACAGGCUUCGUAAUACAAUCAGCGAGGACUCUGUAACAUGA